AUGCACUCAUUAUUACAAACACUCUUCCUCUUGACCAUUGUUACACUUGCUCUUGCAGCACCAGCACCAGAACGCCAUGCACCAAUACAAAAACGAAGCUUCAAGGUCGAACGGGUACCGAACCCGAAUUUCAAGAGAACUCCAGGAGCUGGAACGAGGGCGAUGAUCAAGGCACACCGAAAAUAUCUGAUUCCUCUUCCACCAGGACUUGCCGAUGCUAUGUCUCAGGCACAAGGUGCUGGAGCAACAGCUGAUACGGCGGAUGCGUUGACUAAUUCAUUGGCUGGUCUUACUGGCGGGAGUGCUGGAACUGGAGCAAAGAAGGGAAAGGCGAAAGGGUCAAAAUCAGCGUCUUCAGCAGUGGCAACGCCUACUGGAGCAGCAUCUACAGCAAGCUCAACCGCCGCCGCCUCUAACGGAACAGCUGGAAGUGGAAAGGUCACAGCAACUCCAGAGACGGGAGAUACUGAAUUUCUCUCCCCUGUUACCAUCGGUGGUCAAACAAUGAACAUGGAUUUCGACAGCGGAUCUUCCGAUCUUUGGGUUUUCAACACUCAAUUAAGUACAGCUUCGCAAGCUGGGCACACUGUCUUUGACUCGACCAAAUCUAGCACCUUCAAGCUCCAGCAGGGUGCUUCCUUCACAAUCUCCUACGGUGACGGGUCUGGAGCCGCAGGGAAUGUCGGUACAGACACGGUCAACAUCGGAGGCGCCAGUGUGACCGGUCAAGCCAUUGAAAUGGCUACUGCAGUCUCUAGCUCAUUCGUCCAGGACACGCAGUCCAACGGCCUAGUCGGCCUUGCAUUCUCCAAGCUCAACACCGUCAAGCCGACCCAGGCAAAGACAUUCUUCGACAACGCCAUGGCCACUCUCGCACAGCCCGUGUUCACAGCCGAUCUCCGCAAGGCAGCCGUCGGCGCCUACGAAUUCGGCAACAUCGACUCGACCAAGUUCAACGGUUCCCUCAGCUGGGCCGCAGUCAACACCACGCAGGGAUUCUGGCAAUUCUCGUCCCAGAAAUUCCAGGUCGGUACCGGCACCGCCAUGUCCGUUGCGGGAGGCCAGGCUAUCGCUGACACGGGAACGACGCUGAUGCUGGUCAACGCAGCCGUCGUGAACGCAUACUACAGCCAAGUGACGGGUGCGGUAAACAACCAGACGGUGGGGGGCGUGACGUUCCCUUGUAGCGCGACGUUGCCGGAUUUGAUGGUCGAUAUUGGGGGAAACUACAUGGCGCAGAUCAGGGGUGAUGAUAUUAAUUUCGCGCAGGUGGACGCAGGUAGUGCGACUUGCUUUGGUGGAGUCCAGGCUAUCGAUUCCAGCCUGCAAAUUUACGGCGACAUCAUGUUCAAGUCGCAGUUCGUAGCAUUCAAUGGAGGAAAUAACUCUAUUGGAAUGGCUCCUCAUCAAUCGUAG